ACACUGAUUUGCAUUUCAGGCAGUUAGAAGCGAGUUUCCAACGAUGACAACGCUUCACCUGUCGCUAUUAUCGCUAUCGAUUCUCCUUGCCGGCGAGUUGACCAGCGUAGAGCCCCAAUAUCACUAUCAUCGCUAUAUGCUGUCCGAUUACAGGCGACAGCAUAGGCACGGCUUACAGAAGGACUACAGCCCAGUGCCGCGGUAUUCCCACUUUGCGGCAGACACCACAGCUGCACCUGGCGAGCUUACGGUGAAUGUAAAUCGAAACGAAACAGCUGGAAGCGUGGGCCGACUGGGACCCAUCAAGAAAGUGAACGUGGACCAACUAAUGGUGCGCAUCUUUGACGGCCGGAAAAAUGUUUGCAUGGGAACACUGAUAGGCAGCCGUGUUGUGGCUACCACUAUGAAAUGCGUCAAGGACAUAAAAUCAGAUCACAUAACUAUACAGACCUUAAAGGGCAAGAUGAUUACAGUAAAUUCCACAUCUGUAACAAUGGCUGACAAUUAUACGAUAGCCGAAAUCAACCUGAACCAGCCUCUGAUAGAUGAUGCCAUAAUACCCGCCACCUGCACCAAGCUGCUGGAGCCUGAGGAUUGGGCCCAGGUGUCCUUAUAUGGGCCACAUGGGGUGAUCAAUGAAUUGGUCACAGUAAAGCCCCAUAAAUAUUGUCGCGCUAUGGUAAAUGAGACGACUUUCAGCUAUGCAGAUGCGUUUUUAGUUUGCAUCGGGAAUACGAAUGAGUCUAAUUUCACUGGCUGUUCCGGUAACUACGGCUCCCCGCUUAUUUUCAAAGAUCAAAUAUGUGGCAUCAACUUGAUGGGUCGGAGGUGCCUCCCGAGCAGGAAAUUCGAUCUGUAUGCCCUCGUUCUGAAUAAGAAGGCAUUCGAAAGAAGAAUGGUAGCUAGAAUCAUCGAAUCCCAGGUGGAAGACAAAAGUGGAAACAGACAUAGACUCUGGUACCGCUGUCACUGCUCGCUACUUGAAAUGCUAUCAAAAAUCAUACGACUAGCCCUAGUGCUCUUGCUUGUCUGCCAGCAGAGUGAGUUGAGGGCUGAUAAAUUGUCGCCGGAUAAAGCGGGCAAUUCUUUGAUCAAAAUGGCGUAUAAAUGGAACGAUUGGAGACCCCACUUUGGAUACAAUCCUGCCCAUUGGGCCAUCAACCAUCGUCACAGUCGGCGUUCUAGAUCUAAACAGAAGGAUUUGCUCUCACAUCUGGUGUAUCUUAGGUUCAAUUAUAAUAUCAUCUGCUCCGGAAUCGUGGUCAACAACCGGACGGUGCUCACAGUCACGAGCUGUCUGGACAGGAAGGAGCCACCCAAGAUCAUUGUGCAUUUCACCGAUGGCACCGCCCAAACAGCGUCCAGUAGCUCGCCUUCCUCAGAUUACACGAUGUCGAGUGGCUCUAAUCUGUUGUCCUUUUUGCAUCUGGAAAAGCCGCUGGACCAAGAGUUUGAUACACCGCCUCCCUUUUGCACGCAGGCCGUGAGGCCCCAGGACAAUGUUAUGCAACUGAAUUGGGAUAAGAACUAUUCCAGGCCGAUCCCGAGAUUCGUGCCUCAAAUGCCACUCGAUCAAUGCCAGACUCUCAAUAGGGAUGCGAGGAUGUUAGCACCCGCCGUGCACUGCGUGGAGAAUACCCAAUACACAGAUGAAUGCAUUCGAAGCUAUGGACUACCCUACGUGUGGAAAGGCGCCUUCUGUGGCAUGAACAUUAAUGGUCAUAAUUGUUCCGUACCAUCGAACGCCGAUGUCUAUGUGAGGCUGCUGAGAGAGAAAAGGCUCAUAAGCAAAAUGCUCCGAACAGCUGCCGCGUCCAUAGUGGACGAGGAGAUCGUUUAAGCAGCCACUUCAACUAUGAUGAAGAAGGGAAAAGGAAAGUUUGAAUGAAAAUUAGAAACUUUCCAGAGACAUUUGAAGAUUCAAUUCAAAAUAUUUGAAUAAUAAAUAAAUAAAGUCAAACUGAGCAAUUAAA